GAAAGGUGAGUGUUACUCGGCGUUGGCCUUUCGGGGCGAAUCCUCCUCCAUCGCUGCCGUCGCUGCCAUCGCGGCCCCGGCAUCUGAGCUCGAAGGCCCGUGGUUGCUCGCCACAGUCGGCCGUGCUCUGGAUGGAGGGGCGCGCGGGCUCGUCCGACCUGGAACCCGGGGUCGCGCAGGCCUCUGCAGGCCGCGGAGCAGCGUGAGGGGCCGGCAUGGGUGACCGGGCCGGCGGAGGCGCGGGGACCGGAACGAGCCGGGUCGCCCGAGGCUCGGCUUCUGCGGUGACCCGUGAAGAUGGUUCGCUACUCCCUUGACCCAGAAAACCCCACGAAAUCUUGUAAAUCACGAGGCUCAAACCUUCGUGUUCACUUUAAGAACACGCGGGAAACUGCUCAGGCCAUCAAGGGCAUGCACAUCCGCAAAGCUACCAAGUACCUGAAGGAUGUCACUUUAAAAAAGCAGUGUGUGCCCUUCCGUCGGUAUAAUGGUGGAGUUGGGAGGUGCGCCCAGGCGAAACAGUGGGGCUGGACACAGGGACGGUGGCCGAAGAAGAGUGCAGAGUUUUUGCUGCACAUGCUUAAAAACGCAGAGAGUAAUGCUGAGCUUAAGGGUUUAGAUGUAGAUUCUCUAGUCAUUGAACAUAUCCAGGUGAACAAGGCACCUAAGAUGCGCCGACGAACCUACAGAGCUCAUGGCCGGAUUAAUCCAUACAUGAGCUCCCCCUGCCACAUUGAGAUGAUCCUCACUGAGAAGGAGCAGAUUGUUCCAAAACCAGAAGAGGAGGUUGCACAGAAGAAAAAGAUAUCCCAGAAGAAACUGAAGAAACAAAAGCUCAUGGCACGGGAAUAAAUUCAGCAUAAAAUAAAUGCAGAUAAAAGUAAA